AUGAGCGCAAACGAAGUGCACGGGAUUCCCGCGUUUGCCACGCUGUCGGAAUGGAGGCAGUUCUCAACCGGUAUGACACGGGAAAAAUGCUGGAACUUGGCCUGUCUUGAGCUUCAGUCUCUUCUACCGGUAACACCUGAGGUCGGUCGAUUUGACUACCGAGACGCCCAGGUUUUGUUCUAUAUGCACCAAAACAUGGUGGAGACCAACAACUAUGUAAUCCUUAAACACUGCGGUUGGAUGGCGAGCCCGCAGACCGACAACCUCGAGUACUUUCUGGUCGUGCUUCUCAAGUUGGAAAAGGCCUACGAGUCAUACCAGGACGAAGAGCUGUUCGCUCAAACGCUAACACUUGCAAGGGAAAUGUGGAGGUUGCGGCAACUCGGCGACGACUCCUUGAUAAACACUCGCAAAGUUUUGACAGUGGAACCUGGGAACUCGGUAGGUAUGUACCGGCCGGAUCUCAGCCCUUCUGGACCCAACGAUUUCGAAAUCAAGGUGCUCGAAAAGAAAAUUGUUUUUUUGGGGGGUUCUCAUCAUGAAGACAAGCGCACACGUCUGGAGAGUGUUCGUUGGAGAUGGCCCGCAUAA